AUGAACGUCGACGACGUCGAGGACCGCGAUGGUGUCCGCCUCUCGUGGAACGUCUGGCCUUCGUCGCGCAUCGAGGCUACCAGGACCGUGGUGCCCAUCAGCGCUCUCUACACGCCCCUCAAGGAGAGAGAGGACCUGCCGCCCGUCCUGUACGAGCCCGUCACCUGCAAGCCGCCAUGCCGCGCCGUCCUGAACCCCUACUGCCAAAUCGACGUUCGAGGCAAGCUCUGGAUCUGCCCCUUCUGCCUCUCGCGCAACGCCUUCCCUCCGCACUACAAAGACAUCAGCAACACCAAUCUGCCGGCCGAACUGCUCCCCAAGUACACCACCAUCGAGUACACGCUGAGCCGUGCCGCCCAGAUCCCGCCCAUCUUCCUCUACGUCGUCGACACGUGCAUGGACGAUGACGACCUCAAGGCGCUGCGCGAGGCGCUUGUCGUCAGCCUCAGCCUGCUGCCGCCAAACGCCCUGGUCGGCCUCAUCACUUAUGGCACCAUGGCCCAGGUGCACGAGCUCGGCUACGAGGCCUGCCCCAAGAGCUACUGCGAGUUCCAGCUGACCCAGAUCCUCGAGCAGCUGCAAAAGGACCCCUGGCCGGUGGCCAACGACAAGCGAAGCCAGCGGUGCACGGGCGUCGCGCUCGGCGUCGCCGUCGGCAUGCUUGAGACGACCUUCCCCAACACGGGCGCCCGCAUCAUGCUCUUCUGCGGUGGCCCGCCCACCGAGGGCCCCGGCAUGGUCGUCUCGACCGAGCUGCGCGAGCGUAUCCGCUCCCACCACGACAUUGACAAAGACACGGCCAAGUACUACAAGCGCGCCAUCAAGUUCUACGACGCCAUGGCCAAGCGCGCCGCCGGCAACGGCCACACGAUCGAUGUCUUUGCCGGCUGCCUCGACCAGGUCGGCCUGCUCGAGAUGAAGGGCCUCAGCAACCUCACGAAUGGCCACAUGAUCUUGGCCGACUCGUUCCAGAUGGGCAUCUUCAAGCAGAGCUUCAACCGCAUCUUUACCAAGGACGACCAGGGGCACCUGCAGAUGGGCUUCAACGCCACGCUCGACGUGCAGUGCACCAAGGAGCUCAAGGUGUCGGGCCUCAUUGGCCACGCCGUGUCGGCCAACAAGAAGUCGGGCUGCGUCGGCGAGACCGAGAUCGGCAUCGGCCAGACGUCGGCGUGGAAGAUGUGCUCGCUGACGCCCAAGACGUCGGCGGGCAUCUACUUUGAGGUGGUGACGCCGCCGGGGCAGCCGCUGCAGCCGGGCUCGCGCGGCCUGAUCCAGUUUGUGACGCACUACCAGCACGCGUCGGGCCAGUACCGGCUGCGGGUGACGACCAUCGCGCGCAACUUUGCCGAGGGCGGCUCGCAGCAGAUUGCCGCCUCGUUCGACCAGGAGGCGGCGGCGGUGCUGAUGGCGAGGAUCGCCGUCUUCAAGGCCGAGAUCGACGACAGCCCGGACGUGCUGCGCUGGCUCGACCGGAUGCUGAUCCGCCUCUGCCAGAAGUUUGCCGACUACCGCAAGGACGACCCCACCAGCUUCCGGCUGGGCGAAAACUUCAGCAUCUACCCGCAGUUCAUGUUCCACCUCCGACGCAGCCAGUUCCUCCAGGUCUUCAACAACUCGCCCGACGAGACGGCCUUCUACCGCCACGUGCUCAACAGCGAGGACGUCAACAACUCGCUCAUCAUGAUCCAGCCGACGCUCAUGUCGUACGGCUUCGACGCGCCGCCGCAGCCCGUGCUGCUCGACUCGGUGUCGAUCCGGCCGGACGUGGUGCUGCUGCUCGACACCUUCUUCCACAUCCUCAUCUUCCACGGCGAGACGGUGGCCCAGUGGCGCAAGGCGGGCUACCAGGAUCAGGAGGGCUACGAAAACUUCAAGGAGAUCCUCGAGAACCCCAAGGCCGACGCCCAGGACCUGCUGGCCGACCGCUUCCCCAUCCCGCGCUACAUUGUGUGCGACCAGAAUGGCUCGCAGGCGCGCUUCCUCCUCUCCAAGCUCAACCCGUCGACGACGCACAUGUCGGGCGGCGUCUACGGCGCGGGCGCCAACGGUGCGGCCAUCUUUACCGACGACGUCAGCCUGCAGGUGUUUAUGGAGCACCUCAAGCGUCUCGCCGUCGGUGCCAGCAGCAGCUAG